AUGCCGUUAUCCCAACACCCGCGCAGACAGCUACCCGGAAGCGAUCCCUCUUUGCCUCCCUCUCAGCUGUGUUGGACGCUAUUCUGGCCCUCUUCUCUGCUCGCCGCUGCUCUCGCACGCGUUCCUCCUCCAAUCGGCGCUUCUGCUCCUGCUCGGCGUCCUCUGCUUCCCUUCUCUCCGCCUUCUUCUACUUCCGCUCCUCCUCCUGAUGUUUCACCCUCUGCAGCCUCUCCGCGUCCUCUGCUUCCUUCCUCUUUGCUUCCUCCUCCUGACGCCGCUCCUCCUCCAGCUAUUUCUCCCUCUGCAUCCGCUAUGCGUCCUCUACUUCAAUCCUCUUUGCCUCAUCCUUCUUCCGCCGCUCCUCCUCCUGCUGUUUCUCCCUCUGCACCCGCUCUGCAUCCUCUGCUUCAAUCCUCUUCACCUCAUCAUUCUCCCGCUGCUCCUCCUCUUGCUGCGCUUUGCGUCCUCUGCUUCUUUCCUCUUCGCCUCCUCCUCCCGCUGCUCCUCCUCCUGCUGUUUCUCCCUCUGCACCCACUUUGCAUCCUCUACUUCAAUCCUCUUCGCCUCAUCCUUCUUCUGCUGCUCCUCCUCCUACUGUUUCUCCCUGUGCACCCGCUCUGCGUCCUCUGCUUCUUUCCUCUUUGCCUCCUCCUCCCGCUGCUCCUCCUACUGUUUCUCCCUCUACACCCGCUCUGCGUCCUCUGCUUCAAUCCUCUUUGCCUCAUCCUUCUUCCGCUGCUCCUCCUCUUGCUUUUUCUCCCUCUGCACCCGCUCUGCAUCCUCUGCUUCAAUCCUCUUUGCCUCAUCCUUCUUCUGCUGAUCCUCCUCCAGCUCAUCCCCUCCUUAAACUCCGCAAUCCCCGCCUUAAUCUCCUUCACCACCCCCCUCAUCUCCUUCAUCCCCUCCUCCAUCCCCUUAUGUCGCCGCUCUUCGUCCUGCUGUUUCUUCUUCUUCCGACGCUCGGUGUCCUUUGCUUCCUUCCUCUGCGCAUCUUCCUUUUUUCGCCAGUCCUCGUCUUGUUGUUUCUCCUUCUUCUAUCGGUUGACGUCCUCUACUUCCUUCCUCUUCGCCUCCUCCUUCUGCCGCCUAUCCGCCUCCUGCUGUCUCUCUUUCUUCUGCCGCUUGGAGUCCUCUCGCAGAACCGCUAUCAACCUCUCUACCACCUGCUUUAAUAUCUCAUCCUCAAUCUCCUUCGUACCCGCCUUCAUCUCCUUCUUCAUCACCUCCUUCAUCUCCUUCAUCCCCUCUUUCAUCUCCUUCUGCCUACGCUCAUCCUUUUGCUUUUUCUCCUUCUUCCGUCUCUCCGCGUCCUCAGCUUCCUUCCUAUUGGUCUCCUCAUUCCGCAGGCGCUCCGCCUCCUGCUGUUUCACCUUUUCACCUUCUUCAGUCGCUCGGACUCCUCUGCUUCCUUCCUCUUUGCCCCCUCCUUCUGCCGCCGCUCUUCCUCCUGGAGUCUAUCCCUCUUCCGCUGCUCGCUGUCCUCUCUCAGAACCACUAACAACCUCUCUUCCACCUCCCUUAACAUCCCCUCCUUCAUCUCCCCUCCCGAUUGGCGAACCUGAACUUUCACGCUUAUGA